AACCCCUUGUGUGUGGCUUUGAGCCAGAGCAGCCUCUGAGGGCGUGGAUGUGGAGCUAUGAGUGAGAGUGUGAGUGUUCAGUGUCGUAAUGUGCCAGGGCACAGGCGAUUAUGAAACUUCUCAGUAAAGUCUCAGUGCGUCACUAUUGGCUGCUUGGCUUUGGGUUUUGUUUUUUCUUUUUUUUUCCUGUCUGUUGUCCUCCAGUUUCGUUUCCGUUUGUGAGUGCAGGAAGAGGGGGAGAGGUUGGGAAAUGCUGCGAGACCCCCCCAGGCUGCUGGAGAAGCAGAGCAGUUCCCGUGACAGGUGGAGCAGCGCAGUGCUGAGCGAGAUUCCUGGGACAUGGUGCCCGGGGCCACGGGGAAGGGAAGCCUUCACACUUGGGACAGCUGUGGUUGCGAGGGGCCCCUUCAGUGUGCUGUAGCAGCAGCCAGAAGUUUGCCUUAUUUUUUGAAAGGACUGGAGAAAUUAUUAACCACAGUUGAUGACGUCAGAGUUGAUCUGAUUAAAGGUUGAAGUUCAUGAGUUCGCCCAGCCUCAGUGAUCUGGGCAAGAGAGAGCAGGCAGCCUUGGAUGAGCGGGGGACCCAGCAGCGCCGGGCCUGCUCCAACGCUACCUGGAACAGCAUCCACAAUGGAGUGAUUGCAGUAUUCCAGCGUAAGGGUCUCCCAGACCAUGAACUUUACAACCUCAAUGAAGGAGUCAGGCAAUUACUGAAAACAGAACUGGGAUCAUUUUUCACUGAGUAUCUGCAGAAUCAGCUGCUCACAAAAGGCAUGGUGAUCCUACGGGACAAGAUCCGGUUUUAUGAAGGGCAGAAACUACUGGAUACCUUAGCUGAAACCUGGGAUUUUUUCUUCAGUGAUGUCCUGCCCAUGCUGCAGGCUAUUUUCUAUCCUGUGCAGGGAAAGGAGCCCUCGGUUCGGCAAUUGGCUCUUCUGCAUUUUAGGAAUAUAAUUACCCUCAAUAUCAAAUUGGAAGAUGCAUUAUCCCGUUCCAGAGCCAGAGUUCCACCAUCCAUUAUUCAGAUGCUGUUAAUACUUCAGGGGGUUCAUGAGUCGAAGGGUGUGACUGAAGACUAUUUGAAACUGGAAUCCCUGAUCCAGAAAGUUGUUUCUCCUUACCUGGGCACGUACGGUCUGUACUCCAGUGACGGACCCUUCACGCACUCUGCCUGUAUCUUGGGUAAGAACAGCACAGCACAGAGGACUCCCCAAAGCCUUGCUCCAUGCAGGGCCUGCACAAGAGAGAAGCGGUUCUUCCGGCGCUCCAGGUCGGGUGACAUCCUCGCCAAGAACCCCGUGGUGCGGUCCAAGAGUUACAACAACCCGCUGCUGACGCCCGUGGCCGAGUACGAGGCCGAGAGCAUGGCUGCCAACGGCACCGGCAUCCGCAGGCACUCCGUCUCGGAAAUGACCUCCUGCCUGGAGCUCCAGGGCUACUCCAACCUCACCACCAUCAUGGACAACGGUUCCAAGGGCUCCGUGACAGCCAUGAAGAGCUCCCUGCCCGGAGACCAGGAGAGGCCCGGCGCUGGGAACGUUUGCUCCAGCAAACUCAGCUCAGCUGAGCAGCAGAAAGGACUCUUCCACUCCAUCGGCGACCCACACAGGGCUUUUGAGCUAGACAGAGACACUUCCUUACUUCCAGCUCCCUCUUCCAGCCCUGAGAACAUAGUGGAUCAGAUUUUGGAGUCCAUCGACUCUGAUUCUGAAGGCAUUUUCAUUGAUUUUGGCCGAGGCUGUUCCAAUUCAUCGGCAUACAACGUGGAUGUGAACAGACAGAGCAUCGUGUGAAGGGUAUUAGGAGACAGACUGGGGUUUGAUACUAUAUAUGAAAGUUACUGAGGCUGUGAGUCGGACUAUGGGCAAGCUGUGUGUGCCUGGGCAGAACCUCUGCCAGGUCAUCAUAGCUGUACUGAGCAGACACAAGUUCUUAGCAGGUGGGAAUCUGCUGAGGGGGAAGCAACUCCAACCACUUCUCCCCAUCCCUGUCACCGUGCAGGUGGAUUUCCUAUUUCUUUAUAAACUUAAGGGUUCACAAACUCACAAGUGUCUGGUAAAAUACUGUUAGUGCAGCUGGCAGUGUUUGUUCAGGAAAACAGCUCUGCAAAUAGCUGUGCUCACUUCUAAUUUUUAAAGAGAUUUCCUGCAGAUGAUGGGUUGUUCUCUGAACUGUAACACCUCAGCCAGAGUAGAAACAUAUCCUUUAAAAAACAAACAAGCAAAUACAAAAGGCUGUGGGCUUUCAUGCCACAGAAUACAAUAAUAAAGAAGUCUUUUAAUCUUUUUCUUGUACAUCCUGUAUGCACUCCUUUGCCUAAUGAUGAGGUAGAGUUCUUGAAGAAAGGCAAAUAAACAGAAAUAUGCUUCCUGAUGUGACACAA